AUGAUCUUCUUUCACUUCUUCUGGCCCGCAAUUCUGUGGUACAUACCGCUAUGCAUCGCCCAAAAUUCUGUGAGCUCGAAAGAAGAAGAGUUGAAAACGCUUGAUCUGCAUAUUCCACGCAACGCAAUUGUUCAAGUCGAAUGUGUUAUUCUAAGCAAAAAUAUUGUUUUUACUUCUCAGGAAUGCUCCUUUACAGCGUUAACCUCCAAAUAUCGGGUAUAUUUAACCGAGUCCGACGAAAGCGGUAUUGGAGUUGAAGAAAUUGCCAUCUAUACUCCCUCAAAAGCUAUCCUGUUGAGAUUACAAAGACCAGUAGAACUGUGCAACAAUACAGUUGGACGACAAUUGGAGCCUGUCUGUUGGGAAAGAAUGUCGGAUAUUUUCAUGAAGAGUAUUCAAAACGAAAAAAAUAAGACAUACUUGCAAAAAAACUACAAUUUCAUGCAACGAACUUUGAUGUUGUGGAACGAACUGAAACAAGCUGAACAAGACCCUCAAAUGUGCCCUGCACCAGAACCGCCAGUACCAGACCAAAGCAACCCAUAA